GCUUGACUGUCAGUGGCGCAAGUGGCUUUAAUGUCAGUGCUGCACUUCCACGAUUCACAAUCUUUCAUUUUCCAUUUGUGCCAACACAACACUGAAACCCAUUAAGUUUAUCGAUCACUCAAAUAACCUUCGUCUCGUUUUGAAAAAUGUCUUCAAAAAAGAAAAGUUCCAAACAGCAAAAGCAUCAAGCCAAAGAAUCUAAAAAGGCCACUGGUGUUAAAAAACCGAUUAAAACUUUACUUUUGUUUUCUUUCAUCCUUUUAGGACUAGUUAUAUUCACUGAUGUGCAGAGACAUGGAAGUUGGAAAGAUUCAGUUCUGGCUAACCUUUUGAAAGACUAUCAUGUUUGUGAAUACAGCCAUCAAGUCCUCAAUAAGACAUCAGAAGGAAUAAGAUGGAUUAAUUCGGAAAUUGAUAAGCAAUUUCCAGGAUAUGAAAAAAAAUUGCACGAAACUUUAGAGCCUUAUUCAGAGCUAAUUUCUGAUUUUAGCAUUGUUUCAUACAAAGUGGUCUUGAAUGCUAAAGAUUCUGUUGUUGUAGUUUAUGGAAAUUUAGUGAAAAAGAUUGACGAUUAUGCACCAGGUUUGCUGGAUCAAACUGGAAAUGCAAUUAGAAAUGCAUUUGCUGAAUCAAUAAAUCUGUCUAGGAAAACUAUGAAAUAUUUUAGAGAAGAAGUUUUUGUUGGAAACUUGGCACCAGAACAUAUGGCUAAAGUUAUGGUCGAUCUUGUAAAUACUGCUCUACAAAAAGUGAAUGAGUUCUACGUUUGGGGAUACGAAAAAGUGAGGACAGUUAUAAAAUGAAGUAUGUUAUCUAGUCAUUUGUAUAUUACAAAUUGAAAUCUCUUGAUCUGACUUGAGAAUCUCUUAGCAACUUACGAAUAGCAUAACCUAAAACUUUUUCAUGGUGUUUCUUCGAAAUAAUUUUCAGACUUUCGGUUUUAUUAAUCUGAGAAAGUUUUGGGAUUGCAUUCAUAUGGUGCUGUGGAUUGGAAUACCAUAACAUUGACAAUGCAUUUAAUUUAUUUAUUCAAUUAUAUACAUUCCUUAUCGGUUUAUUGAAGGUUUUGGUAAUUGUGAGUUAUUUAAUUCAUUGAAUUGCUACUCUCUGAAUUAUAUGGAUUUUAUUUAUUAUAUAUACAUUCCUGUAAUAUUUUGUGUAGUUUGAAUAAAUAUCUAUUGAUUUCUCUCUC